AUGGCAGCGUAUCCACGAUUCGACGGAAGGAACGGACGAGUGCAGGAUCCAUAUGCCUUUGAAACUACGGAAUAUGACACGACAUCACUAUCAUCUGACUGGAAUCCGUCGUCUUUUGCCGUUAUUGAUGCUCCAAUUAAUACCAUAGUCCCAGCAGCCAAACAAGGAACUACGAACCCCACCAUACCCAGUAAUCAACUAGAUCUACCUUCCCUUCGAAUAACUCGAGAAGAUGUCCGUGAACAAUUACGGGAGCUGGGCUACAACGAUGCUGAUCUGCCAAACACUGUAAUUGAUGAAUUUAUGACGGAUCUCAGAGACAUGUACAGACGUGAGAUACAAUCGGAUGGCAUAUUGGCUAAUGUGGAAUUUGAUCUGGCUAGUAACAUUGUUAAUGAUGAUGCUAGUCGACAGUCAGAGUAUGCUGAAAGUAGUAAGGUGGUGCAGCCAGUGUCAGAACGGUUUCAUGAUUAUCGGGGUAGUGCUAUGAAUGGUGGAGAUAGUCAUGAGAAUGGAAUUGGAACAGAUUAUCGAACCAAUGGCGGACUAGUAACAGCUCAAAUGAGUCCUGAGAUGGUAGUUAGAUCUGUCAGUAAACGUGUCUCGCCGACUAAUAGUACGCUUGAUGAACUCCGUAGUAGUAAUCUCUACCCAAACCCCAUUCCCCCACCACCAGCACCACCAAGUGUACCAUCACCACAGCCACAACAACAGCAAUAUCAACCACCAUCUCAACAACAAGGAAUUACUACACCACAGAGGCCAUCUCCUCGACAGUCUAACGCAGCAUCACCACGCAAUAACGAUAACGAUAGUAAACCAGACGCUGUCUGUCCAGUAUCAGAGUCUCGAGGUAGGAAUGCACCUCCUGCUAAUGACGAUGACGCAAACCGUGGCAUAGACUCCAUCAUGCGUAAACUGGACUUGAUGGAUUUAAACAGUGUCAAGAAACGUGUAGAAGAACAGAAACGGUGGCGUAGCUUGCAUUCGUUGGAAGAUGUAUCUUAUUCUGGACGUGACUGGAGACGGGAUGUUGAGCAGAGUCUGACCACAUUAGGAGAGGAAACGAUCUUGCAUGAUGAACCCUCCAACUAUGAAUCAAGACCGCUCUCGGCAUUCUCUCGGUAUACUACUAGGACACGGGCAUCGGCACCCUUGCCUACAAAGCCCAAAAAACAUGAUCCAGUCGCGUUAUAUCACAAGCACAAAGCCCAGUGGACAUCUGACCCGUUUUUGGCUCGUCUCGACGGUCUUGUUGUACGUCCAUCUACACGGCCCAACUUUCGAAGUGAGUUUUGUAGUAUGAACGCUUAUUCUGUGUUCCAUAUGGUCAAGGAUUGUGUUGUCCUGUGA